CAAACACAAAACGUUUUUUGCUUUGAUAAUGGCGGAAAAGCGGCUGCGUUGUUUAGUUUUAAUGCGUCUUUAAACCUAUUUUCGAAAUAAUAUUUAAAAAUGAGUCGUUUUAGGACUUCUAAAAUAGAGGAGAAGAUAGCUUAUGAGAUUUUUCGAUCAUGUCGUCUUUGUGGGGCUGGUGCUGGUUACAAAAUGCCGAUAGUACAAAAUGUCGACUUAGAUGGGGAUGUACCACUCACUCAAAAAAUACGGGAAUGUGUACAAAUAGAGGUACACCAAGACGAUAAAAUGCCGCCUUUAAUAUGUGAGCUAUGCGUCGACAAAGUGAAUGAUUUCUAUGAGUUCUCCGAGAUGUGUAAGCAGACAAAUAUGAAGACUAGAUUACGUCUUGGUUUACCUCCACAGACAAUGCCUAGAGGAGCGCCAAACGCUGGUGAUUGUAUCUUAGGUGUGACAGAAACAAUAUUUUCCAAUGAUGACUCAAAUGAGCCAAUAAUAAAACAUAAACAAAGCAAAUCAAAGAAGGAGACAUCUGACAAAGUUAAGAAUAAAUCAUCAGAGAAUAAUCGUAAUUCUCGACAUUUAAAAAGUCCAGAAGAUAAUAGACGUACCACCAGAAGAUCUAUCAGCAGCCCGACAAACAUUCUCACUUUGAGGAACAGGAAUUCUAAGGAUCAGAAGAAUGUAGAUCAGCACAUGAAGAAAUCCUCCGAACCUUUGAAGUCGAUUUUAAAGAAGGAAAAAAUUAAAGAAGAAGAUAUUUUGGUGACACCGAAAUCUAAAAGGGGAAGAGAAAGGGAAUCAAGAUCUAAUUUACCAGUAAAAAGAGUCAAAAUAGAAGUACACCCAAGUACAUCCAAGUUAAAUAGAAGAUGCAAGUCUCCUACCAGACAUAGUACCAGGUCUCCGGACACAGAUGACCUGGUAUGCAGAGUUUGCAAAAGAACCUUCCAUUCGAAAGGCCCAUUUACUAAUCAUAUAAAAACACAUGAAAAUGAAACUAAGAAUUCAAAAAGUAAAAGAUCUCCGCCAUUUGCAGAAUUUAAAUCCAAAAAUAGGACGGAGAAAAUGAAGCCUAAAGGUAAAAGCGAUAGUAAACAAAAUACGUACAGUUGUUCCUGCGGCAGAGAAUAUUUGGCUAAGAAAAAUCUUAGCAGACAUCAAAUGACUUGCAAGUUGAAGAAAAAAGAUGUAAUUAUAGAUCCAAAAUUAAUGGCGAAAGUACGUCCAUUACAAAUAAGAGUUGCGAGAUGUGAUCCUUUAUUGAAAAAAUAUUCUUCUAUAGCUGAAUUACCACUGGUAUUUGGUCUAGAUAAAAAUUGCACCUAUCCAUACUUGAGGACAGUAAAAACUGAACCGAAGACAGGUCGAGAUGGUAUGGUACGUAUUGAAGAUGAGAUAAAAGAUGUAUUCUACGAAGCAGAUUAUAUACAUUGGGAUUCAGAUACAAGCAGUGACGGUGAAGAUGAACCAUACAUUAAGAAAAGGAAAGUUCCAAACCUUUCUACGCUCAGUUUGAAGACAAUAUUCUCACCUAGGUACUUAGGCAGAGUACGUAGGAAGAGAAGAAAGGUUAAAACUGAAAUAAUACCAGAAAAUCUAACACAAAAUAAAGAUAUGUUCGAUGUUGUAGACAGUUUUGAUGAUGUACAUGAUUUGGAACGGUUAAAUGAUUGCAGUUUUGAUCAACUGUUUGGUAGCGCUUUACAGAAAAUAGUUCCAGAUGUAGAAGAUAAUUCAAUGGAGGAAGGAAGCGAUCAUAAAGAAGAUAGCAACGGUGACAUUGUUAGUAAAGAAGGAAACAGUGAUAAAGAUGUAAAUCUGAGCAAAGAAGAACACAACAGUGACAAAGAAGUAAGUCAAAAGAAAGAAGAAAAUGGUAUAGAUAAGGAAAAUAGUUUAAAUAAAGAAGAAAACGGUAGCGAUAAAGAUGAGAGUCUCAGUAAAGAAGAAAAUAGCAGUAACAAAGAUAUUAGUAAUCAAAAGCAAGAUAAUAAUAUAAAUAAAGAAGAAAAUAGAAAUAAUAAACAAGACGACAGAUUUAUUGAAGAAGAAAAUAGCAGUAAAAAGGAAAAUAGCAGUCUCAAUGAAGCUGUAAACGGAAACAACGAAGAUGAAAGUAUAAAAGAUUUAAAUGCAAAAGAUAAUGAUGAAAGGGAACUAACAGAAAGAUUAGAUGAAAGUAAUAUUGAAGGUAUAAAUGAAACGAAUAGUUUAAGUAAAGAUACAAAAGAUAUUAGUGAAGAUAAGAAAGAUCAAAAAGUUAUUAGUCAAGAUAAUUUAAUAACAAAUAAUCAAAUAGAAAUAAGUAACAAUACUAAUAUAUUAAACAGUCCUGUUAAAGACUUAAAUGAUUCAAAUGUUAAAUCUCAAGUAGGCAAAAUUGAAGAUUUACCUGAAAUUAAUUCUAAUAUGGAAACUGAAGAAACAAUCCAGAAAACAGACAUAGAAAAUGUAGAAAAACCUAAAGAUACUAACAAUUUUAAUCAAGUAAAACAUAAUAUACUAUGUGAUAGUGAUUUAGUAAAUAACAAAUCAAUUGAUCCUUCAAAUGAAGAAAUAGUGAAAACUGAUGAAAAUCAAAUAAAAACUAAAAUUGAAUCCAUUUUAGACGAUACAGAAAAACCAAAAAGUCCAGAAAUAAGUAAAGAAACAAUUAUAUCUUAUAAAGAAAUUCCAACAGAGAUAAAAGAUGAGGAAUUAACAGAUUUCUUAACAAAUAAAGAAGAUGAAUUAAUCACAGAAAAUGAUUUAUUAGGAGAAAGAAACUUAAAUUAUACAGAAUUAAGUCGAGAUAGUACAGAAUUUGAUGGAAAAGAUAUGAAUUUAAAUGAAAAUAUAGACAAAAAAGAUAUAAAUACAUUCAAUAAGGAUACAGAAAUCAAUAAUUUAAAUAUACAAAAAGAUAAAACUGAAAUGAAAGCAGAUAAAAAGGAUAAAUCGGAAAAUAUGGCAGAAGAUAUUAUGAAAGAUAUUCUAAAUAAAGUUAGAGAAAAUACAGAAGAAUAUUUAGUAAAUGGAGAGAAGAAUUCUGAAGAGAAUACUUUGGAUGAUCAGAGAUUAAUGGAUGAAUUAGACGCACAAAUCGGUGAAAAUAUUAUGGAGAAACAUAUGGAUUUGGAUGAUUUUAGUGAAGAUGAAGAUUUUUGAUUAAUAAAUCAUAACACAACUCAAUAUAUAACUAACGGUAGGUUUCUAAGACCCAGAAAUCUCAGUUUAAUACAUAUUGUCUCUGUUUUAUUCAAUGAUAAUGACAGAUGAUAUGUUGUAUAAAGAGGUUGUGGUCUUAGAAACCAACAGUAAAAGGAUUAUGACAACUAGAAAUGUGUAAAUCUCAAAAUUGGUACUAAAAUUAAAGUCACAUAGACUUGAACUAUUGAGCUGUGGCUCAUAUUAAGGUACUAUCACUGU